UCUCACUCCAUUUCAUCCAUCCAGGGUGACGCCAGUCACCCCGCCCCGUUCAACUCAGUCCUCCGCGUUCAUUUCAUUCCUGCUCCCAUUCCGCGCAUAUUUCGCAUCCUUGGAGGGACCCCGGCGCAUUUUACGCACUCAGCACGUCCGAUUCUCCGUCAAACCAAAACCGAGUGGACGCUCCCAAGUUGCCGGAGGGGGACCUUCCACAUGCUGCGGAUGCACCCGUGUGGGCAAAAGUGGGGGAAUUUAGCGAUUACACGACCAAUGAAUCGAGGCUUCCUGCCAGCGGCCCUGGGAUUUUGACCGACUGUUCUCUUUUUCUAUGCUUUCCCAACCAAUUUUGGGGGGAUAUUUUGGAUGGUAAACAAUUUGGGGGCGACCCUUCCAAAACAAAGUAGUAGUAGUAGUUAGCCGCCUUGUGCGCUGACCACGCUUCGGCUUGUCAAACAUUAGCUGCCAGGAUGGAACGCAGCAGUUGGAGUGGCAGUGAGAGUCCCGGGGACGACAUCGACAGAUUGAGUGACUCUGGAGGAGACAAGACAAUGGACGGGGACCCUGAAGGGGUGUGGAGCCCUGACAUUGAGCAAAGCUUCCAAGAAGCCCUUGCCAUUUACCCGCCAUGCGGAAGAAGGAAAAUUAUACUGUCGGAUGAAGGAAAGAUGUAUGGUCGAAAUGAGCUUAUAGCCAGAUACAUCAAACUCCGCACAGGAAAAACGCGGACAAGAAAACAGGUUUCCAGUCAUAUCCAGGUCUUAGCCAGAAGGAAAUCAAGGGAAUUCCAGUCCAAGAUAAAGGAUCAUAAUGCCAAGGAAAAAGCACUACAGAGCAUCUCAUCCAUGUCCUCUUCUCAGAUCGUUUCAGCCACUGCCAUACACACCAAGCUACUACCGGGAAUCGUGCGGGCAAACUUUUCUGGAAGCACACAGCUGUGGCAGGGGAUGAUCCCUGGAGGACAGUCGAGUUCCUCCUCAGAAGACAUCAAGCCGUUCUCGCAGCAAGCCUACUCGGUGCAGACAGCAGGGACCACCACAAUCACAGGUUAUGAGCGUCCUGCAGCCGAGUCACACAGAGAACCAGCAUGGCAGGGUCGCUCCAUCGGCACCACUAAACUUAGACUGGUGGAGUUCUCGUCGUUCCUGGAAACCCACCGAGACCAAGAAGCAUGCAACAAGCACCUGUUUGUGCACAUCAACCAGAGCAAUCCCAGCUACAGCGACCCCCUGCUGGAAUGUGUGGACAUCAGGCAAAUCUACGACAAGUUCCCAGAGAAGAAAGGCGGCCUAAAGGAGCUGUUUGCAAAGGGCCCGCAAAAUGCUUUCUAUCUCAUCAAGUUUUGGGCUGACCUAAAUUACAAUGCACAAGAAGACCCCGCGGCCUUUUAUGGGGUCACUAGCCAGUAUGAGAGCUCAGAGAACAUGACGAUUACCUGCUCAACCAAGGUCUGCUCUUUUGGCAAGCAGGUCGUCGAGAAGGUGGAGACGGAGUACGCCAGGUUUGAGAAUGGACAUUUCGUCUACAGAAUCAGUCGUUCGCCGAUGUGCGAAUACAUGAUCAACUUUAUCCACAAGCUCAAACACCUGCCGGAGAAAUACAUGAUGAACAGCGUACUGGAGAACUUCACUAUUCUGCUGGUGGUGAGCAACAGGGACACUCAGGAGACCUUGCUGUGCAUGGCCUGCGUUUUUGAGGUGUCAAACAAUGAGCAUGGAGCACAGCACCACAUCUAUCGUCUUAUCAAGGAAUAAUAACACCUCCCUCCCCUCCCCUCGCACACACACACUUACACCCGUAUGGCCUUUUCAUGGUAUAAGAAUUUGACAUUUGAGCUGAGCUGAAAUUAAAUCUACAAAAGUGUGAGCCUCACCCUCACAACUACAGCGAGACAAAGUUGCAACUCAACCAGAUACAUCAGAUCUGACGUCACAUCUCCCAAAGCCUCAUUUCCAUUUACUGCUACCUGUUUUCACUUUUUUUGUUUUGUUUCUUACCUACUUGAAGACAAAAAAUUCAUAUAUUCCUCACUUGUGUGUGUGUGUGUUAAAGAUCAGACCCUGUGUAUCAUCAAUAACCAGAGCAAGUUCGUUUUAGGGGAAAUAGAACUGUCACAUUGUUAGGUAGUACAGAGGCGGUUUCAUACAGGUAGCCAUGCUGAAUAGUGCAAACUGCAGUCUUGCACACACACACAAAGAAAAAAAAAAAAUCUGUCCCAAAGAAAAUAAUCAAAAUUUUCUACCAUUUUAUAUGUUUUCGUCAAAAAAAAAAAAACGAACUUUGGGAAAUUGCUAUGAAUAGAAUAUAUAUAUACACUAUAUUGUAAUUCCAGGAAAACUAUCAAAAAUGUAUGUUAAUAAAAAAAUAUAAGCAAAAUUAAACAAUUCAGGUACAUUUUAUUGAAAUCGCACUGAUUUAGAUGUAGUGACGAUGUGAAAUAUCAACUAUGUUGUAAAGGAUCUUUUGGAAAGCACAGUGAAUUUUAUAUAACCCAGUUGCUCUUGAUUUACAAGUUAGGAGAAUGUUUUUGGAAAAAAAAACAAAACAAAAAGCCAAACCGAUGAUAUCCCUCCAAAUCGAUUCAAUUCAUUGGACUUACACCAGCUUACUUGAGCUUCAGCACAGGUGAACCAGCUACUGUGUUUGAAGAGACCGAGGACCCUAUUUUGGCAGACUGGCGUCCAUGCAUUCGGCGUAAAAAAAGGACGUAAUUUCAUUUUUGGGCCAACGCAAGUCUAUUGUCUUUGGGGCCGUGUUGCGGCCGUUUGGGCAUUUCGGCGCACAAUUUGCCUCGCCCCUGAGUCAUCCAGCAAUUUCGUAACAAAGUAGUCUGCGCUCAUAGUAAAAAUGGACACCUCGACAUUUCCCUGACAGGACAACGGGCCAAUUCAGCGUGUUUUCGAAUUCAGUAGACGCGCUAUGCCUCAGCGGGCAUUUCUGCCUCGUCCCCCAGCGCGUCUGCAAAUUUGUCACUAUUGUGUGUGAGCAUGUGUGUGUGUGUGUGUGUUCAUCCACAGCGCAUGCAAUUUUAUACACACACACACGAUUUGUCUGGUCAACGUAAAUGUAUUAGGUGCACGUCGGUCGGCUGAUGAGCAAUCGCAUUAAUGUGUAAUUAAUGUGUAAUUAAUGCACGUUGAUUGAAUAUUUUGCUGAGUUAGAGGAAGUAUAUUUGGAGGUCCCGAAUAUGAAAAUGUAUAAUAGAUGCCAGCCUCAGUUGUACGUUCCAUUGCAGUUAUUGCGCAAUUUUAGCUCAGGAGUCAGUGCUCUGUGAUUCCAAGCCAUUGGCUUGUGUACGAUCCCCAUGUUGUGUUUUUUUUUCAGCAGCAUCAGUCGUGUUUGCUCUUCGACUGAUGUGCUUUUUAUGCAUAUGAGGGACUCAGCGUGGAUUGGCCAGGAAAAGUCCAUUUCCAGCGCACCAAGACACAAACGGCGCGUUAUGCCCGAUUCUAAGUCAAGCAAAAUACCAAAAGAAAGAAAGAAAAUGUUCACAUUAAACAACUAAAGGCAGUACCUUGUUCUUGUUAGGUCGCUCACUAUUCAUGAAGAAAUGCAUUUAUGAUAUUAGAAACCAAAAGCUGUACAUUGUAGCAGGUGAUGUUUGCUGGUUGGUCCAUGUCAUGUGAAAUGGCAUGAAGUGCCUUUGUCUGGAAACUAAAGUGUCUUCUCUUUUUCACUAAAUUCUUUGAUUUUUUUGGGGGGUGGGGUGGGGGAGGAUAAGUCAGUGUUCAACAAUUACCGAGAGAAUGAGGCAUUUUUUUGUUACAUACACUCCAAUAUUGGACUACCAGUAAUUUUUUUUUUCUGUUCGGUGUCUGAUAGUCAUUGCAUUGUAGCUGUAUUUCCAUCCCACUUAUUGUAAAUAAAACACUUUGGAUCAUUUGCCGGGGCAGCAUCUGCUCGCACUAUACAUGUAUUUGACUUGUGUGUAGUGAUUUUGUUGACACUGGACGGUAUCAGAUGCCUCCACUACAACUGGCUGGUUGGGCAAACGUUUCAUGAUGGACAUGCAUUCAUUACCUGAUCCGUGUUCAGAGGUUUUGUGGUCUUGCCGAGUCUUUGAGCCACCUUCAAAACCAAAUGGCAGCAAAACGAUGAACGUGACAUCCUCAACUCCAUUUCCUGUAGGCCAAACGAGAUAACACGGGAGGUGUUUUUGCAACUCGGUAACGAGUUGGCGAGGCUUUGUUUUCCGACAUGCAUUCAAAUUCCUUCAAGGACACAUGGCAUUUCUUACCAUCGCAUUUCCAUGUUACGUUUUGGAGAUUAGGCCCAUUGCUUGUCAAUCGGCUGACAAAUGACGCUCAUUAGACUGAUAGAAAUCCACUGGACGACUCACCAGUCCCCCCCCCCCCCCAAAAAAAAGUAACGGAAGUAAGUUUGAAUAAACAUGCAGCUGGCCAGUCUAGAGGCCUACACGUCCUUGAACCAAAACAUGUUCAAUGAACCUGACUGGCCAUUUCAAUUAAGAAAAUUCUUUUCAGUGAUUUGUACUUUGCCCGUAAAACUGGAAAGGGGAAAAAAAAGUAAAACAAAAAUCAAAAACAAUGAUCCUUCUGACAAGCGCUGUCCAAUAAAUCUUGUCAUUUAAAGACAACAAAGAGUAGCAGAGUCGUUGUCCAACUGUACAUCUACAUGUAAUCAUAUUUUCUAAAAAAAAAAACAUACUUUUGUGACACUUUUUUUUUAUCAAAUUGGUUGGCACUCCUCCAGCGAGAGAACAUCCUUACUAGUUAAUAAAAAGCCCUCCUUCCAAAAUGGUGAAUAUUUCAUGUGUUUCAAAGUUCACCUGCUAAGUUUGUCAAUGAUUGUAAUGUGUUGUUUGCGUUCUCUUGGGAGAUUUAGAGCCAUGCGUGGCACGGAAACCCAGUAACAACUUCUUAAAUGGCCUUGAAUAUUUGCUUCCCAUCUUUGAAGAAUGGGAGAUUUUUGCUUUUUUUUUGGGUGGGGGGGUCGGUGUUGUUAUUUUUUAAGGUGCUUUGUAUAAAAGUGACAAUAACGUUUAUUACAGAUGUUUGAUAUCCUAAUUUCCAUCCUAUUUUGUGAAGAAGAGAGUACUAUAACAUGCAGGAGAAUCCAAACUCCGCUGACGUGUCUCUUGGUACCGCACAGGGUCCGAUCUUUGCUUUGUAACAUUUUUCCCACAUGACUCUAAAGUAUGUUUGAUUUUUUCUAGCUUUGUAGAGACUUUGUAUGCAUAUGCGAUUCACUUUCAAAUAAAUGGCCAGUUCCAAAAUG